AUGGAUGAGAAAAGUAGAAUGUAUGCCGGAUACCGUUUUCAAGAAUUAAUCACCAAAUGCACUUUCAAUGGAAAAAACUGCCAAGCUCAAGAUUUCAUUUUGUUUCUAAACCUGCAGUAUGGAAAUUGCUUCACCUUUAAAAAUACAGCCGACAUAAAAGCAAGCAGAUAUUUACCUUAUCGCACUUUAGAACUUUUCUUGGAUAUCGAUGAAAGUUCCUACAUGGAUAAAGUAUCGCCAAGCCUUGGAAUAAAAGUAUUAAUCCACAAUUCCUCGGAACUACCCAAUCUGGAAGAAAAAGGAAUACUCCUCAGCCCUGGAUUUGAGACAAGCAUUACUCUUGGCGAAACUGUGAUGGAAAGAUUACCAAUACCUUACAGAGAUGAAUGCAAAACUUGUGACGCCAACUUGAGUCAAAGCGAUUGCAUCAAAUCGUGUAUUCAAAAUGCUAGUUACAUCAAAUGUGGGUGCGUUGAUCCAACAAUUCAUGCAGUUCAAAUAAAUAAAAUACAUUGUAAUUUGACUGACACAGUGCAAAUGUGUUGUUUAGAGGAUGCCCUUAAGGAUUUGGCUUUCGGCAAAUUCGACUGUCAAUGUCCAUAUCCAUGUUUAUCAGUAAAUUUUGAUCAGCAUGUUUCGAAAGCAGUUUGGCCUUCGAAAAUUUUUUUUAACCAUUGUCUUACAUCUGAUAGACAGAUUUCAUCUUUGAUGAGCUGGAAUAUGCAUUUAAAAUAUUUUAGGGAAAGGUUUGCUUUACUGAAAGUUAAUUUCGAAUUUUCUAAGAAAGUAAUGGUGAAGCAGGUACCUGUUUAUCGAAGUGACGAACUUUUCGGUUAUUUUGGUGGUGCUCUUGGACUUUGCUUCGGGGCUUCUGCAUUUUCAUUGUGGGUGACAGUUGAGUAUUUAAUGAAUGCAAUAAAACAUUUUGUGUAA